UAUAACAGAGUUUGGCCCUCCUUUGCCCUCCUCCCAGAAUCUCCUUUUCUCAUUUCAUUUAUCUCUGCAAGAUCCACUUUUGUUACAUAACAACACAAAGGUUUCUCUUUUUAAUUUCUUCUUCAUUAUACAUAAAAAAAAAUGAAGGCAAGUGCACUAUACUACACUGGAUGUGAAGAACACUACCAACCUCAUUUUCUUGAUGCUUGUUCUCUUUGCCAGAGAACCUUGGCUCACAACCAUGACAUCUUCAUGUAUAGAGGGGAUACACCAUUUUGUAGCCAAGAAUGCAGACAAGAGCAAAUAGAAAUGGAUGAAGCUAAUGAAAGAAAAUGGAAAAUUGCAGCAUCAAAGAGAUCAUCAAGAACAAAAACAGAGACCCCCACUAAAGAAACUGAUGCAAAUAAAGCUGUACGGAAUGGCACAGUUGCAGUGGCUUGAAUCUUGAUCAUUUCUGAGAUAAUUAAUUAAUUAAUCAAUCUUAAUGAUGAUCAAAGGAGGCUACAAGUCAAAAAAAAUUAAAUAUUAAAUAAAGAGACAGAAAAUGGCUUCUGAUUUACGAUAUCAAGUAAAAUAAGGAGGACUAUUUAUGUGGAGUUUUUGAGUACGAAAAUCUUCUGUAAAGAUAUGAUGGGAAUCACUAAGAAGAUGAAGAAGAGAGUGAAUCCCAUCAAACAAUUUUGUUGAAUCUUUUUUUUUCUUUUCUUUUUCCUUUUGUCAAAUAUUGUGGAGUGUCUGUAAAAAUGGGCGUCCAUAUAUAUGGAAUCUGAGAUAUCUAAUCUUUGUAAUCAUCUUUGUUCUCAUAAUCAUCAGCUGAUCUGAGGAAGCAAAAUAUGAAGACAUUCUGAGUUUUCGAUGUUAA